CGUCAUUUUUUUGUUAACAAUUUACGGUCACACUAAACAUGCAGAAUUAAUCAAAAUAAGAGAAAUAUUAUUUUGUUAUUGUAAAUAAGUUUUUAAGAAAAAAUGGAAGUGGAAUACGAUGACUCCGGUUGGCAGGGCCGUGCCAAAGGACAAACAAAUCCGGAGGAAAUGCUUGAGGACAAUCCGCAGAAGACGAUACAGGAAUGCCUGGAAAAGUUCCUAACACCGGACUACAUCAUGGAGCCGGGGAUAUUUACGCAGCUGAAGCGCUACUUCCAGUCGGGCGGAUCUCCGGAGGAGGUUAUAUCUAUGCUAUCGGAGAACUACAAGGCGGUGGCCCAGAUGGCAAACCUGCUUGCGGAGUGGCUAAUCCUGGCGGGCGUCAAAGUGACCGAGGUGCAGGCGAUGGUGGAGAACCAUCUGAAGGAAAUGAUACUAAAGUCCUUCGAUCCCAAGAAGGCGGACACCAUCUUCACGGAGGAGGGUGAGACGCCCGACUGGCUGACCGAGAUGAUCGACCACUAUACGUGGCGCUCGCUAAUCUACCGACUGGCCGAAGAAUAUCCCGACUGUCUUAUGCUCAACUUUACAAUCAAGUUGAUCUCGGACGCGGGCUUCCAGAGCGAGAUCACUUCCAUUUCGACAGCGGCACAGCAGAUUGAGGUUUUCUCGCGGGUGCUGAAGACCUCGAUCGUCAAGUUUCUGAACAAUCCGGAUGACGUGCAUGGCGCCAUUCAGGAGUGCGCCCGAAUGGUCUGCCAUGGCCAGCAUACCUACGUCUAUUCCCAGGUGCUCAUCCAGGUCCUCAGCCAGGAGCAGAAGGGCGGAUUCAACAUGAAGCGUCUCUCCCAGGAAAUUAUUAAAUACGCCUUGCAGAACAAUCAAAAUGUGACGCCUAUUACAAUGGCGCUGAAUGGUUCGGCGGUUUACCCGCAGGCAUGUCAAGCCCUAACUUCCAUGCUCACCCGCAAUACACUAAAUCCCGCCGACAUCACCGUGCUGUAUCGCAACUACUCCGGAUCCGAUCCACCGCCCAUCGACUUGAUACGCAACCCCCAGUUUCUGGAGCUGCUGGUAGACGCUCUCUUCCGUUCCGGCGUUAAGAUUAAUCCCGAACACAAGCCGAAGUAUAUGUUUCUGCUCGCCUACGCAUCCGCGGUUAUCGACCAGCCGGCCAAGAAGCGACCAAUGACUGAGCGCAUGCUGAACAAGGAGGAGCUAAAGAGCACCAUUCAGGCUAUCGAAAAGGCACAUACCAUCUGUAAUGUGGACCAGGGAUCCACCGAGCUAAUCGCCGAAUUGCAGACGCUGUACAAUUGCAUCAAAUAUCCCGUGGUGGGCGUUGGCGUCAUUCGAUGGAUCGAAAACGUGGUCAUGGAGCCUUCGUAUUUUAAGCUUUCCACCGACAGCUGUCCCACGCACUUGGCGGUUCUCGAUGAAGUGGCCGCUGUCCAUCCCACCCUGCAGCAGCAGAUCCUGUUCCUGCUCAUCCGCUUGUUUGAGUCCAAGCAGGAUGAGUUGGAGAUUCUUGUUCAGCUGGAAAUGAAGAAAAUGAUCCUGGACCGGAUGGUUAACCUGCUGACACGCGGCUGCGUUGUACCCGUUCUCAGAUACAUAAAGCAGUGCUGCGCCAUCGAGGACACGGACAUUUCGCUAAUCCGGUACUUUGUCACCGAGGUGCUGGAGACCAUCACACAUCCGUACUCGCCGGAGUUCGUGCAACUAUUCCUGCCGAUGGUGGAGAACGAGGAGAUCACCGGCACAAUGCGCGGCGAGGGCGACAACGAUCCCGUGUCCGAGUUCAUUGUUCACUGCAAGGCGCAUUACACGACUGUAUAGAUAGUGACAAUAGAACAUGCUUUACAGGCGACUUCUGUUCAAAGACCCCUAAAAAAGCCCAAUUUUCGAGUAAAUUUUUUAAAAUACAAAUUUGUUUAAGCAGAGUCUAUCAGAGAGAAGUACGCAAUUCUAAGUACAAUAUAAAUUUAAUUAUAAACGUAAAAUCUAUACUGCCAAAAUUUCACUAGGCUCUAAAAACCAUUCUUACAUUUUUUUACAAUAUUAUGCUUAAAAGUCCCUUGCCUGUGCUAUUUAAUUUUUUUAACAUUUCUUAAACGCAUUUAAUUUAACAUUUGAAACUAACACACCUACAUUGUUCUGCUUUCAAAACAAAAAACAAUAUUUUCGAAUCCAUAGAAAAAUUGUAUGGAUCCUAGAAAAAAUUUAUUGUAUAAACAUAUAGUUGUUAAGGACAAACAUAAUAAAGCAACUGAUAUGAUACGUUAUAACAUAA